UCUCUUCCACUUUUUCUCUCCCUCUCCCCCUCUCUGCUUUAGGUCGUAACCCUCCAACUCGCUACUCGCAAGGUAAUAUUUCAUUCCUGAUUCAGUGUUUUGGCGAAACCAUGCUUCGAUUAGCUCACCGAGUUGGCUCCUUAGUGGCUUCAAGUCGCAACCCUCCCACUGUGCUUCGAUUGGCUUCACCACCACCACAACCACUGUCAUCAUCAUCAACUUCUUCAAACCCCCUCCGGAUGAAUAUGGAGAGUACGCGCAAUAGUGAAGGCAGUUCUCAUGGAGAAAAUACAAACUCAAGUCAACAAAAAGAAGAUAACUUGGAAGUACAUGGUCAAUGGAAUCAGAAUGGUGAGGCUGCUCCAUUAACUGCUGAAAAGGUGAGAUCUGCUGCCAAAGCUGGUCUUGCUGCUGCUGCAACAAAGGCAAAACUGUUUGCAGAUCAUGAAGAGCGUGAAAUUCAAAGGCUAUCUGCUAAUAUUAUAAAUCAUCAGGCCAAGAGCAUAAGGUUGAGGGUUUGGCAUCACACAGAGCUUCACAGAUUCUGUGGGUCACUGUAACGCUUUCUGAACCAAUUCCCAAUGGUUUCUAUUCUAUAGGUGCAGUGAGUAGUAUAUAUUUUUGUUGAAAUGUGCAAUUAGUAGAACGUAGUUUUUGCUUUUCUGUGCUAGGAUCUUUGGUGCAAGUGAGCAUGUUUGGAGAUUAGAAGUGAUUAGCAAAAAAAUAAUAUA